AUGAUCCGUUAUUCCGUGGGUUCGUGUGAUGCGCCAUUCCUUCGAUUCAAGUAAGCAGUAAGGUCACUGUUUUAUCUGAUCAAGUGCUUCUUAUACGGUACGUCAACGUGUUUGUGCUAGUGAUUCAGCAAAACGAUAGUUACGUACUACAAGUCACCGGUAACUGUUUCAGGCGAGGUUCAUUCUAGUUUUGGUCGUUGUUCUGUUCAGUCUUAUAAUUCUGAAAAUGGUUAAAGCUGUGUGCGUUCUUCAGGGUGAAGCCAAAGGCACAUUGUAUUUCGAUCAACCGGAUAAUUCAAGUGCAGUGAAGGUCACCGGCCAAGUUAGCGGUUUACAAAAGGGUUUACACGGUUUUCAUAUCCAUGAAUUCGGUGAUAACACUAAUGGUUGCACAAGUGCAGGUGCUCAUUUUAAUCCAUUAGGAAAAGAACAUGGUGGACCAGACUCAGGUGUACGUCAUGUUGGAGACUUGGGAAAUGUUGAAGCAAAUGCUAAUGGUGUAGCUGAUGUUAACAUUACAGACAAGAUGAUUCAGCUUCAAGGGUCAAACAGCAUAAUUGGCAGAACUCUUGUAGUUCAUGCUGACCCAGAUGAUCUUGGCAAAGGUAGUCAUGAAUUAUCAAAAACUACAGGAAAUGCUGGUGCCCGCCUUGCUUGUGGUGUUGUUGGCAUUGCAAAAGUUUAAAUCUAUAUAUUCUUUUACAAUACAAAAAAUUAUAAAACAGAAUUAUAGCUUUAUUUGUUACAGUUACGGUAUGAGUUUUAAUAUCAUUCCUAAUUUCCUGUAAUAGGAAUAUGUUAUGUAUCGUAAAUUUUUGGUACACCAAUGUUGACUGCAAUAAAGUAUCUGCUGGAAUAUCUUUGUAAAUCAGCUACAUGUCAUUUCGAACAUGCUUAUUAAUAUAUAGUGUGUAUGUACUUUUGAAUUUAUAUUAAAAACCAGUUUUUAUGCAAUGUAAGAGAAGUUGUAUUGAAGAAAUAUAUAAUAUAUAUCUUUCGUACAAUUUUUUAAAAAA